AUGUCAUAUAAUUCAAUGUCAGAAUUUAACAACCUAACGCUUGAAGGUGGAGAGCAAUAUACAAUUAUAAGAAGUUGUAGUUAUGGUAGAAACUUUAAUGUGUGUAAAGCAUAUGAGACGAAUAAACCAAAGGUCCAUUAUGUGAUAAAAUAUUACAAAGAGAAAGAUGUAUUCGAAAGAGAGUCAAAGAUGUUGAAUAAAUUAAUAAACGCAGAGAAUAUUAUGCAAAUGAUAACAUUUUGUCCAUCACGAUUAAUUGUUGUUUGCGAAUGUGGUCUAUAUGACUUGGAAACGUUUUUGAGUCAUCAAGAUUAUAACCAGAGACAUGAAGAAAAGUGUGGAAUAAUAAAGGAUAUUGUAUCGGGUCUUUCGGAACUUAACAAACAUAAUAUAGUACAUAAUGAAAUGUCACCACAAAAUAUCAUGUACUUUCAAGAGAAGGACGGCGAAAGAUGGAAAUUGAUUGAUUUUGACGAUGCAUGUUUUGUUGGUAGUUCGAAUUAUGUAACCUUCAUAACAAAUUAUUCUGCUCCUGAAGUUAUAAAAGCAUACGAUAAAGGAAUUGAAAUUGAAGCUAAUUUUGCAAUGGAUAUGUUCUCUUUUGGGCUAGUUUUAUACUAUCUUGAAACGGGACAUCAUUAUUGGAAUCGAGAGCAUGAUGAUGAAAAAAAUGAAAUGAUUUCAGCAAAAUACUUGCCACUUGGUGAUAUUCGUGAUAAUUCGGCUAGUUACGCUAUAAGAAAAUUGCUCGAUAAAAAUAUUUCUCGAAGAAUGACGUUAGAGGAAUUCAUGAGAAUGUCAUACUACUCUGGCGAAUCAGAAAUCAAUAAUGCCAUGACUUCAAAUAAUGAAAAGCGUUAUAGCGUCCCGAUUCGUUAUACAUGUUUAGGAGAACGCUUUUUAGAAGAACCAACGAAGAUUAAUGAUAAUAAAUAUAUUGAAUAUGAUAUCUCUCAGGCUGGUUUUGAGGUCCAAUCCGGAAUAAGUGAAGCAGAGUUUCAAGCAAAAUUAGCACAGGAUACAUUUCAAGCUUUUCUUGAAAAAUAUCAUAACGAAAUGAAACAAAGCCUAAAGAUAUUGAAUGAUAAAAUUGAUAAUUGUACGAAGGCCGUAGAGGAUUUGUCGGAGUUAACCAAGAAAAUUCCACAAUGGUUGGUCAAAUUGAAAAAUGAAAAGGUUCCUAGAAUAUUUGUUAUGGUUCCUGAUCGAAAAGAUUGGAAAAAACCAACAACGUGGUUGUUUUCAAAACCAUUUCGUCUUUUAUUUGUUUGCGAAUACAAGGAACAAUGGCACAUUCCAGAUCAAGAAGGUUACAAAGUUAUAGAAGUUCCUCAAUUUAUUAAAAAGUAUGGACCCUGGAUAAAUCUUUGUCUAAAAACAUUAUCAAGUGCUAUAGGAAUUAUGUCAUUAAAUGCCUUUCCACAAGUUGUUACUGACAUUCUAUCAUCAGUUUUUAGCAUAACUGAGAAUUCUGAUAUUAUGAAAUAUUUUCAAGAAGUUAUUGAUACAGUCGACAUAAGUGUAAAAACUAUGACCGAUGAAAAUCCUGAUUUUAUUCCUUUGAGCAAGGAAGAAGUUAACAUUCCUCAUCAAAUGAUAAAUGCUUCAGGUCUUCAUAUGCUAAAAAAAUUUCUAGAUACGCAAGAAAGUGCGGAUCAUUUCGGUGGAUUGAUGCAAUGCGUUGAUAAUGAAACUCAAGAGAUUUUAUGGUUAUGUAAAGAACAUAGAAAUGGAUAUUGUCCUAUUGAACAGGUUGAACAGGUUUCUUCCCUCCCGAAUUCCGAUUCAUUUCGACAAAAACGAAUUCGACCAAAUGUACCGAAUUUAAUUACAACUCCAAAAUCCCCACCAAUAUCUCCGAGUAGAAAUCAACGUCCAUCUUUUCUAAUUUCACCAUCUACAUCAAUGAUAUUUUCUCCAUCCGAGAAUUCUCCAACUGAAAGUAUAUUCGUACCCCCGGAAGGAGAUUAUAGUAAAUAUUAUACUAAAAAUUUAACCGAUCCAUUAGAUCCGUUCUUUGCAUUAGAACAUGCGUACCAAAUACUUUGUGAUGUGAUAGCGAAUACUGUUGCAUCCGGAAGAAGACACUUUAAAAAUGAUGAAGUUAAGGCAAUUGCGCAUAAAAUGUGUGGACAUAUGAAUAGGUUUAAAGAUACAUGUCCAAUUUGGUGUGAAAGUGCUCAGAAAGCUCAAUUUAUAAAUAUCAUAAAAAAUCAAGUACAUUUAUAUAUCCAUUUUUUAAGGUCAAUUGUACGUUAUUGUGUUGUUCAGUCUGUUAGAAAGAAGAUGAGAUAUUUGCUUAAUGACACAAUGGAUAUUAGAUACAUCUUAAAAGCCGGAAAAUCAUUCAACCAUCUUUUGGACAAAUUAAUAGCUUGUUUGGAAGCAUCACAAUAUGACAACCAUAAUAAAAUCAUGAUCCAAGUUGAAUUAGAUAGUUUUGUUAAGGAACAGAAACUAAACUUAGAUCAUUGUGAUUUUAAUAUAAUUAAUGAAAGAGCUUUAAAUCAAUGGUAUCAUACAGUUGAUCGAACUUGUAUCGAAAAUUUAGAAUCUCCAUCAGAAACGAUAGUCAAAGGAGUACUUUUUAAUUCAACGAGACGACUUUUAGAUAAUUGGAUUGUCACAGGAAGAUCUUUAAAAUAUCUCGAUAACGACGAAAAUUUGUCUUGUAUCGAAAAAGAGAUUUGUCUUUACAACGAUCAUAAGUUAAACCAUCACGAUUAUAUCAUUAAAUUUUGCGGAUAUUCAAUUCAUAAUUGCAAACCCACUUUAUUUUAUGAAUAUGCAAAUUUUGGUGACCUUUUCUCAUAUUUUCAAGUUCAAGAUAAUCAGACGAACCUGCUAAACAAUUGGGAAGAUAAAAUUAAAUUAGCAUUGAAUAUAACGCAUGGAGUAAAAUCUUUGCAUAAACAAGGAAUUUUACAUUUGGAUCUUCGAAGUGCAAAUAUAUUACUGCAAUAUGACGAAACGGAAAAGUUGCUAAUACCAAAAGUAUCUAAUUUUCUUUGGAGCAAAAACAUACAUUCAAGUAAAAAGACUUUAGCGUAUCCAAAAUUAACGAUUCCACAUGAUGAAAUGAUUUGGAAACGAUGGUAUGACCCAGAUAGACUACUAAACGAUGACUUUGAAUCAAUCCUUCCAUCAUCUGAUAUAUAUAGUUUAGGAUUAUUAUUUUGGGAAAUCGCUUGGUGUAAAGCGGGAAAUCUGCCAUUUAAGGAUAUUUCAAUUGAUAAACUUUAUGAUCACUUAUUAACUUAUAAAGAAAAUUUACCCAAGAUAUCAGAAGAAUAUAAAAGUUGGGGGUAUCUAAUAGAAAAAAUGUGGCAAAACAAAUCAGAACAUAAUUUUAAUAUUUAUGCUGUAGAGACAACCUUGUUAAGAUUAAUUAGAUGUAAAAGUCCUCUUCGAAUGUAA